AUGAUUCUACAUCUACAGAGUGUCUUCCUUGCUUUAUCGGCCUAUCUGCAAUUCGCCGAUUGCCAUCAGAACCACGAAGACGGCCAACGUCCAAUUGAUUCCAGCGCCGCAGCGUCACUCGCGAAGUGGGAACAGGAAUGGGCAUUCGCAGGCAUUUCCACCUUUGCCCAUCUCAAACAUGUAAAGUGCCUCGUCGAGCCCGAUGAGCUCUUUGAUAUUGCCAUCAUCGGAGCGCCGUUCGACACAGCCGUUUCGUAUAGGCCGGGCGCUCGUUUUGGCCCGCGGGCCAUUCGCGCCGCCAGCGCCCGCCAGAUGCCAGGGCUUGGGUUCAACCACCGGGCAGGAAUUAAUCCGUAUAUGAGCUGGGCGCGGAUUCUGGAUUGUGGCGACAUUCCCGUCGUGCCAUUCGACAACAGCGUCGCGGAACGGCAAAUGUACGAAGCGUUCCUGGAGCUCGGGAAGCGGCCAACGCCAAAGAAGGGUAAGGCCAAGCUCGUUACGCUGGGCGGCGACCAUAGCGUCGCACUUCCGGCGCUGCGUGCGCUAUACAAGAUCUAUGGUCGCCCGAUCACAGUGGUGCAUUUCGAUGCGCACCUCGAUACGUGGAAUCCCUUGCGGUAUUCCUCCGUCUGGGCCUCCGAGCAGUCCCGUUUCACGCACGGCAGCUUUUUCCAUACAGCUAGUGUCGAGGGCAUCAUCUCAAAUACCAGCUCAGUUCAUGCGGGGCUCCGAACUCGUCUCACGGGUACGGAUGAUGGGGACUAUACAAACCCGGGGCCGGAGCAGGGGUUUUUGCGGAUCCAUGCCGAUGACAUUGAUGACAUUGGCGCCAAAGGGGUUAUCGAGACCAUUAUUUCUCGUGUUGGCUUAUCCCCGAAUGAGCCUGUAUAUCUAAGCCUUGAUAUUGACGUUCUUGAUCCUAGCAUCGCUCCAGGAACAGGCACGCCGGAGCCGGGUGGUUGGACGACCCGAGAAUUGAUUAGAAUCCUUCGUGGCAUUGAGAAUUUGAAUCUCGUAGGGGCCGAUAUAGUGGAGGUUUCGCCUAGUUACGACGGCCAAGCCGAAGGCACGGCACUUGCCGCUGCCCAAGUGGUGUAUGAAUUGUUGUCCAGUAUGGUGAAGCUGGAGCUCAAAGCGGCUACUGGACAGGAGCAUCAGAACAACCGUGAUGAGUUGUGA